GGUAUUUGAAGAGCUGAGGCGCGACUUCAUCCCUCAUACGCAGACUUGACUCUUUCCGCGAGUAACCUUUUAUCCUUUUAUCAAAAGACGUAGCCGAACCAAAGGAAGAAAGUUCAACCAAGACAGUGUUUCUUCGUGCGCCUCUAAGGAUAAUUCUUUGUAUUGCCGAUCUUCAAGCUAUAAAGAUUCGACAUGAAGGCAAUCAACCACGUUUGCUGUAUUUUCAUAUUCGUAUGCUUAGUGAACCUGACACAGUCUGAGAACCCGCAGGAUAAGAUCGAGCAACAAUUGUUAGACGCCUUCUUAACAGAUGAAUCGCUGAAGAUGAAGAGACCUUUCUGCAAUGCGUUCACCGGAUGCGGAAGAAAGAGGAAUUUUCAUGAAAAUUCAAUAGAAUCUCAGGGCAUGGAAACAAAUGGCAGCAUUCGACUUCCGAUUUCUGUUUACAAGGCAUUGCUGAGGGCAGCAACUCAAAAUACUCGAAAUACAAUUCAACGUAAUACAAAUGAUUAUCAAUUAUCAGGAAUCCCACAGGUUUAUUUAUCCGGUAGAAUGCCUCUUCAUAAGAGGUUCGAUAUUUCAUCAACAUCCCUGAAUUAACUCAGUCGUUUAAAUCUACAAAUGACGCGAAUUAUUCGCGAAGAAGAAUAUUAAAAAAUAUGUCACUUUAUUAUUCUUUCUUCAUUCUCGUUCCUUUCUAUUUGCAUAUGGAAUUUAUUUAAACGAUAGAAGAUACAGUUUAAUCCAUUGACAAUUAAAUGUUACUUUUAUAAACUUUUCCUUUAUACAAUUACUUGUACGUUUAAUGAAACUCGAAUAAAGUUAAUUACAGAAUAUUA